AUGUCCGCCGAAAAAACACCAGCCAUCACAUCAACCACCACCCCUACAUCAAAACCAGCAGAUAAUGUGAGCGGUAGUGAAUAUCAAAGUUCUUAUGCAUGGAGGUUGCCAAUGGUUCAGGUGAAUCGACCGAAGGAACGUACAGUCACCGAAUAUCAGCGAGAAUUCACAUGGAGGGAACCACCCACCGUAUCAACACCUUCACCGACUCCCGCUAUCGUUAAUUCAAAUGCUCCCGAGGUGUCAUCAAUAUCAAGAAAUGCUUCACAAUCCCCAGUAGUAGUUGACAGGCUGGCCGAUACUACGAAGACCGAUAUUCCACCGGCGAUAAAGACCCCCGACUUGAAACAUCUAGACCUACCUCCGACGCCAACUCCGCCACCCCUCGUUGACGUUGUUUCAGCGAAACAUAAUGGAGGCUUCGUGGGAGAACCUGAGGAUUCAUCGAACGUGGAAAAAUUCUCCACGAAUCAUGUCUCGAAAUGGAAAGAUGGCCUAAGAAAGGAGAGCGUUCAAGAGCCCUCAUCACUGGCCUCAAGUUUAGAUCCUCGAGCAAAAAAGCUUGUUGCACUGGAGGCCAGUCGCCUGUCAAAAAAAUCCCGUUCCUAUUCCAUGUACUCUCUGGCCGAUCAGUUGAAGACGAUGGAAAUCGCACGUGAUCUAUCGAAUCCCAUGGAGUCCGAGUAUAAACAACAGUUCAUCGAUUGGCAAGAGUACGGUCGUGUGGAGAAGGAGGCGCAUCCAGAGAAGGGCGAUUCCUCGAAGCGCAGAGGUUCGUGGUCGGCUCCACUACCGGCUCCUCUCAAGUGGUUAGAAGGCUUGGAUCUCGAUGAUCCGUUAUCACGUGAAUCGAGAAAGCUUAAACCAACAGUUACCGACGCAAACUCAAUAAGGGCCCAUCCUAAGCGACCCACUACCUCCGCUGAUUUUCGUGACUAUGGCAAUUUGGACUCGGAUUAUUCCUCUCCGCCCUCCACCACAAAAUCCAACAAACAAAUCGAUCAAGACAUUUAUACCGUUGCCACCCCUCGUACUCUGCAUAGGGCGAAGAGUAGUAUAGACCUGACAAGGUCGAAAAGUUUGGGUGGAAGUCCUCUGCGCAAUUCGAUUGUGUUGAACAGCCGCGAUGACCGCGACUUAGUUGACGACCCAUCAUAUCCGGUGGACGCACGUCGACGCGAUCCGGACAGAGAUUCGCGUAAUCGUUCCACAUACAUCGACGAACGCAGACGUGGUUACGAACAUCUGUACAAUGAUAAUCGAAGGGAUAAUGCUUUUGAUGAAAAGAGGAGGGAUAAUUUAUAUGAUGAGAGGAGAAAAGGCAACGGCUAUGAUGAAAGGAGAAGAGAUGAUGUCUACGAUGAGAGGAGAAGGGAUGAUGUCUACGAUGAGAGGAGAAGGGAUGAUGUCUACGAUGAGAGGAGAAGGGAUGAUGUCUACGAUGGAAGGAGAAGGGAUGACGUCUAUGACGAGAAGAGAAGAGAUAACGUGUAUGAUGAGAAGAGGAGAGACAAUGUAUAUGAUGAGAAGAGGAGAGACAAUGUAUAUGAUGAGAAGAGGAGAGAUUAUGCUUAUGACGAUAAGAGGCAUAGAGAUUACGAUAUUUAUAACGAAAUUCGUCAACGAGACAAUGGAUUUGACGCACGUAACAGCGUGCAAAAGCAGAGCAGCAAUAGUAGACGUGAUCAUGAGGACUAUGAGUCGAGAUACAACGGUCGAUCGUUCAAAACUUCCGAUCAAGAACAAUAUGGACACUAUGUUGAUCUACCAUCCGGCGGUGGUCACACUCGGAAUCCGUCAUACGCUUCGUCUUCAAAAAGCUCUAUUCAUGAUGACGGUCAACCUCCAACCGCUCAUCCGUCCUAUUUGGAACACUUACGACAUCGAUCGAGCUUUAGCGAUAUUAGUUCGGUAUCGACGCCAAGUAGUCCGGCCACCCCGAAUAGUCUAUAUGAUGGUAUUGAACAAAGAUGGCGAACAAGCAACGGACUAGAUCCUAGAAUCUAUAAAGAGCAAAUGUAUGCGUCGUCGGUAACAUCGAAGGCGUCAUCCGGUUCACCCAAAUCAUCGUGGCAUUUGGAUGAUGUGAAAGAUCGACACUACCAGCCGAGCGUCUUGAGCCCCUCACGCAACAAACUCUAUAUGGAGGACGAUGAGGAGGACGAGUACGCUUCCCAAUUUGACCUCCACGGAAAGCGUCAUUCGCAACCAUACAUGUCUUCAAGAGAUCGAGCGUUAAAAUCAUCCUCGUCAACCCCUCGGUCCCAUAACUCGACGUACUCUUCUCCAUCCUACACACGAGAUCCAAGUCCUUCUCGGGAAUCUCAUCACAGGAAACAUCAGCAGCGCAUGUUUUCACCUACACUCUCGCCUUCAUACUCUUCACGACCCGAGUCGCGUGCAAGUGUUAGCAGUCAUGCCACUUCGAUUGAAGAGGAAUCAGCUUUAUUAACUGAUAUCCUUCGGGAUGCCGAAGGUUUAACGAUCAAGAAUUUAAACUCGCAGCUGGCAAUGAUUAAAAAUCGCGACUUCGGUUUAGUUGCCCCGGGGGUUGAAAAGAAAACCCAGAGCACACCCUCAACUAGGCGAACAUCGGUAGCGAGCGGGUCAAAAUCAUCAGCGACAAGGGCGUCCUCCACCAAAAGUACAUCCUCAAAAACAUCCUCGCGAACCAUGACAAAGGCAACGACACCGACGGCAGCCCGGACACCGGCAAAAGGUAUAAAGAGCAACUCGGUACCCGGUACGCCGGGUGCGGGUUCGAAAUCGAAAGCACCGAACUCGAAGGGAACGCCGAGCUCAAAAACUCGACCAACAAAUUCAACAAGCACCACAUCAUCUUAUCGUGAGGCUUAUCGGGAUUACACGCUGGAUCGCCGACCAACCGACUUCACGGCAGCCCGAGAAGCCUUGAAUCGAGCGAAGUUAAAGGUGGAUGAAAUGUUGGAAAUG